AUGUCUCGCCUUCAAUAUUAUUUGAUCUUCGGUUUGCUGUUGCAACCAGUGGUUGAAUCUCAAAUUCUUCUUGGGGCCCCUCAGAUUGAGGCUCCAGGAAAUUUCUCUACAGCUUGCAAUGCUACUUUUAGUGAGGACAUCGCAUGUAACAUAACGCUGUAUGAAGUCGCACUGGGACAGCUAUUUCCCACAGUGGACGACCUUUCUAGCAUUUGCACUGAAACCUGCCUAGAAGCGCUUGAGACUUUGCGAGCUCAGCAAAUUUUGGAUUGUAGCAGUUCCGAUUUAGUAGUCACCGCAGGAGAGACAUAUCCUCCAUCUCUCACUACCGAUAUUCUCUUAUUCACAUACAACUACACAUGUGUACAAGAUCCGCAUAACCACAACACAACCUCCACUGAAGUUUGUUCAGAUUGCAAUCUUCUUAUUCAGCAGAGCCAAUUAGAUUCGCCACUUGGAUGGGAUGAUGAAUCCGCUAGCAUGUACUCAUCACUAACCUCUUCCUGCGGAGUGACGAAAUAUCCAGUUACAUCCCCAAAUCCAUACUCUCUAGGCAUCACAAGUACUGUCUCAUCAACUGCAAAUCCUUCGACUACUACGGCCGCAUAUUCAUGUACAUCAAUGUAUACGAUACAAGAAGAAGACACCUGUAGCUCAAUCAGCGAAUCCCAGCAGGUAGCGACAUUCUAUCUGAUGCAAGCGAAUAACCUUCCGGGAUACUGCUCAGAGCUUCCAGGUCCAGGGACAAGUUUAUGCAUCCCACAAAGCUGCAAGCUUUACACAGUGGCAGCAAACGAUACUUGCCAUGGCAUUGUCCAGAGCUACAAUAUGACAUUCUCCAGCACACAGCUAAUCUCUUGGAAUCCCAACAUCAACAAAGGAUGUUCAAAUCUGAAUCAAGUAGAAGGCUUUCAGAUUUGCGUAAGUUAUCCGGGAUUAUCAACUGCUGCUUCGACGGGGAGCGCAAGCGUCACCACGCCUAUAGCUUCGAUUCCUACUAAUCUAGCGCCGAACACAACGACUGACUGUGGAGCAUAUUAUCUAGUGUUGGAUGGUGACGAAUGUGCAAGUAUAUCGAUUGCAAUGGGUAUCUCCUUGGCUGACUUUUACUUCCUGAAUCCCAUGGUAAACAGUACAUGUGGAAAUCUCUGGACUGACACCUACUACUGUGUCAAGGCCGUAGGAAAUAUCGCGACGUAUCCCGGAUACGGGGGUACAACAACGACAAAAGAUCCAUGUUCGCAACUCUAUGCCCCCGCUAGCUGUUUCGUCACCACAUACCCUACCACUACGCCAUUUGCUUGGCCAGCAGUGGGCACGAUGACUACGACUGCUUUAUUGACUAAUUAUACAUCCCUCGCCGAUCUUCCACUUGCACCAGGGACUGAAGGAUCCUGUCCAAAGUAUGCGAAGUACUAUGAGAGCUCAACCGAUAUCAACUCAUGUGGUGCCAUUGCCUAUUUUUACGACGUUGAAAUAUCGGAUAUUGUCGCAUGGAAUCCGUCUUUAACAUAUGAUGAAAACAACACGACGUCAUGUGAGUUUCUUCCUGGCUACCGCUACUGCGUGGCAGGAACCACCACUGGAUCGAAUGGUACUUCCAGCAUUUCGCCCAAUGGACUUUGCGGCGCCGAAAAUACAAAUUAUACAUGUGAAGGUAGUGCGUUUGGAGAUUGUUGCUCGGAAUAUGGGAAUUGUGGUUCGACAAGCGACUUCUGUGGCGUGGGAUGCCAAUCCUUAUUCGGAAGUUGCACCACAGUGUCUGCAACACUUCCAACUGCAACAAAUACAGCAACGCCAACUGCCACUCUCUCACCAGAUGGUUCAUGCGGUGGUGAUAAUGGAUAUACUUGCGAGUCUCCAAAUUGCUGUAGCGAGAGUGGAUACUGUGGCAGCACGUCCGACUUUUGUGGUGUAGGUUGCCAGUCUGCCUUUGGCAUUUGCUCCACCAGUCCUACUGCGACUACUGGCACAGUGCCGGCGGCACCAUCCCAGACCAUCUCUUCCAAUGGCGGAUGUGGUAACGACUACAAUGAUUGGACUUGCGCUGGAUCUGCAUUUGGAAAUUGUUGCAGUCAAUAUGGGUUUUGCGGUAGUGAGAGUACAUAUUGUGACGUUGGCUCAGGUUGUCAAGCAACUUUUGGGGAGUGUACUUCAUGA